GGAGACAGGAGCACAACCCUCCCCCAGCCCUGUGCCAGGGGCAUCUCCCCAGCUCACUCCUCAGCUGCCUUGGAACCCUUGCUGCUCUGAGAGUUCUAGGCUUCCUGGCCUCAUGACAACACCAAGGGAAACAAGAAGUUCUAGAAUGCCAGGUCCUGGGCCUGGGUAAAAGAGGGCACAGGAACAGGGGCUCCAGCUGGACACAGGCUCAAGUCUGCCACAGGCCCACUGCAGCUGGAGCCUGCCUCACGAGUCCUGACAUGUCCCUGGAGCUCUAUCUGGACCUGCUGUCUGCACCAUGCCGCGCAGUUUACAUCUUUGCCAAGAAGAACAAAAUCCCCUUCGACUUCCAGUUUGUGGAUCUGCUGAAAGGUCAGCACCACAGCAGGGAAUACAUCGAGAUCAACCCACUGCGGAAGCUGCCAAGCCUCAGAAAUGGGAAGUUUGUCUUAUCUGAAAGCGUGGCCAUCCUCUUCUACCUGUGCCGCAAGUACAGUGCACCCUCGCACUGGUACCCACCAGACCUGCACACACGUGCCCGCGUGGAUGAGUUCAUGGCCUGGCAGCACACAGCCAUUCAACUGCCCAUGAACAAGAUGCUCUGGAUCAAGUUGCUGCUCCCAAUGAUCACAGGGGAGGAGGUUCCAGCUGAGAAAACAGAAGAGAUCCUGAGAGAGGUGAAGAAGAGUCUGGAUCAAUUUGAAGAGAAGUUUCUGCAGGACAGGAUGUUCAUCACUGGGGAUGAAAUAUCCCUGGCGGACUUGGUGGCCCUGGUGGAGAUGAUGCAGACCCUGGGGAGCAACCAUAAUAUCUUCCAAACCAGCUCUAGGCUGGCUGAGUGGCGCAUGCGGGUGGAGUUGGCAAUUGGCUCUGGCCUCUUCUGGGAAGCCCAUGAGCGCCUGGUAAAGUUGUCAGAAUGGGACUGUUCGACAUUGGAUCCAAUGGUUAAGGAGAGGAUCUGUGAGUUUCUACAGAAGUACAAGUGAUCCCAGAGGCAGCCCAUCCUUCAGAGCUUCUAUGGUGUAGCCCUCUGAGCCUCCUUCCUCAGGGUAGAUGUUAAAAAACAAUUCUGUUUUCUGCCUAAUAAAAAAUAGAACAACAGUUCAGGGCCUGCAGUACAGUGUUUAUAGCCAGACACAUGUACCAAGGCUGGCGUGUUUGUUCCCAG